AUGACUAAAGCAGACUCAGGUGAAAGGUUAACCCUUUCUCCCGUGAAUAAUGCACAGUAUACAUAUCGAAUAGUAGAUCCCGUAGGAGAGUCUAUUUAUGAACGACCAGUUGAGGCGCGGCAACGAACUCAUGACCAGAGCUCGUUUCUCCUGUUGAUAUCUCUGACUGAUGCAUGGAAAGUCUCUCCUUUAGGUCUUGUCUUUCAUGGCCCCUGUUCCCGAGUUGGUAGUUUGAGAGCUGAUUACCUAGGGCGAUUCCUGUCGGCCGGAUCGGUUAAAGGCAGAGGCAGAAAGGGCAGCAAAGGAGCUACUAUAGUAAUUAAAUUACCCCGCUGUGGAUCAAAAGGGGCGCAGGGGUGGCGCAGAGGAGACAGGACAGAUAGUUCCUGGGCAGUAUCAACUAUGACUCUGAUAGAUAACGCGAGAAAAGAAGGGCAUUCUUCGGACUUGAAAGCAGGGUUCGUUCCUAGCCUAGCCGCACUAAUUAAUAACCACAGAUGUGGAAGUCUUACUCUCUCUUCUUCCGGACUGAAACAAGACUGGCAGCUACUUUGGCUGCUAUUUCCUCUCAUCUUGACCAAAAGAAAGACUCGCAUCGAACAUCAAGGUCAAUUACAUCGAGCCUCAUCCGAGACAAAAGAAAAAGACCGAUGA